GGACAGCUGUGACAGGACAUGAACCGGAAGUGAAGCUUGGACACAGAAACCAGGAGACUACCAAAAUAAAACAGGAAAUAACUAGAAACCAAAACCCAGAUCAUGACAGCACUGAACAGUUGUAGACAAAAUCCACUAUUCUCCACUUCUUAUGUCCACAAUGACUCAAUCCCCUUCACAUAGUUAAGUAUCUAGUUAAGAAUCUAAUCAGUGUAAAUUAAUAUGGUUGUGUAUUUGCUUGUUAGUCAGUGAACUGUUCAUCAUGUACUCCAGCUCUUGCUUCACAGAAGGUGUCACUUAUAUGUGACAAUAUGUAAAUGAACCAUACGCUGUCAGAGUAGUUAACCUGGAGUGGAAGGUGAGUAAUAAAGUUUGCAUAAUACAUGUGUGGAGCUGUCACGUCCGGGCUUUAUGGCCGCCUUUAUUCUGAAAGGACUUCCGGUUAAACACCACAUAUUCAGCUGUUUCCUGUCUGUACCGGUCUUCAUUACCCACACCUGCAUCUCAUCUGCCAUUAGUCGGCUCCGUAUUUAAGUUCCACUUCUCACACCUGUUACCUGCCAGAUUGUUGCGUGUGAUCACCACUUUCCAGCGUUCGUUGUCUCGUGUUGCCAUGUAUCGUGCCUCCCGUUUAGACCUUUGAUUCCGAGCCUGCCUAGUCCUUGUCUGCCUUGAUUAUCUACCGCUGCAUGUUACCGACAUUGCCUGCCCGACCACGAUCUGACGCCCGAUGAUUUGGUAUUGUAAUCCAUCUCUUGUGUAUGACUCUGCCUGUCCCUGACGCCGUCUCUGCCUGAUCCUGUUUAAACCCCGUUUGAUCUCCCGUGUAUGACUCUGCCUGGAUUGGAUUCUGUAUUCUGGAAUAAACUGUCCUCUUAACAUCACAAACGCUGUGUUGUGCUGUGCAUGUGGGUCCUUCAUCUACAACACCCUGACAGGAGCUCUGGAACCAAUGAGGUUGAGCUGAAACUUUCAUACUGUAGCUGUCAUAACUUUUAUGACAUAAUAACAGUGCCACUGUAAAAAAAGCCUGAAGUAGAGCAAUGACUUGUCUGAUACCUUCUCUCUGUUUGCUGUGGAUUGGUGAGUGGUCAACUUCCUCUUAUGUUCAAUAUGUCAUGUAAUGUCAUAAUAACCACACAAUUAAUAACUUCUAUCUGUUUAUAAAGGUUUGAAUGCAUUGUACCAUAUGGCACCCUGCUCUGUCAUGUACAAGACUUUCUCUCACAGGUUUCACAGAGAGUUCAGCGAUGGUUCUACAGAACAGAGUCAUUGGAGGUCAACAGUGUGAGCGUCCGUAUCACGUCAGACUGAGAGCCGUCAGCGCUGGUGGAGCUUCCAGCUCGUGUGGAGGCUCUCUGAUCAGUAAACGCUGGGUUCUGACAGCAGCUCACUGUCUGAAGCCGGGGCGGACCAUGUUUGCAGAUGUAGUCAUGCAUCAAAGAGCUCCAGCCCAGGAAAUUAAAAUUACUGCAGAAGCUGAGAUCUUCACUGAUAAAGACAUCAACAACAACAUCAGGUUACACGACAUCAUGUUACUGCAGCUUCCGACCCCCACUGACGUUCAGCCUGUAGCACUACCUGACUGUGAAUGCAGCCCUGAAAUAAGUCAUUCCACAGUCCACAUAGCCGGACACGCUGCCACUACUGGAGGCCCCAACAAUGAACGAAGACCAGGCUCCUCAUCCAACCUCCAUUGUGCAGACAUACAAGUUGUCGACUGUGAAAACCUCAAAACAAGGCUGCAGUUAAAUUUCCCACAGGUCCACAGAGUCAAGGAGAACCAGCACUGGUUCUGUGGACGCUCUCCUGGAGUCGACAUAUGUUACGUGAGCUGCACAUUGUCCACAUUCAGGUUUAGUAACGUUGGGACAUAUCUGUCCUGCAGCAUAAAUGAUGUAUUUCUGUCUCACAGGGAGACUCCGGUGGAGGCGUGGUGUUCAAUGACAGACUUUAUGGAGUCAUCUCUUUUCUUGGUGAUCCUGAGUUUGUUUGUGUCAGACCAGCUGCAUUCAUGGACCUCUGUAAUCCACAGUACACAACUUGGAUCAAGAAAAUAAUCACUUGACAUGAAACAGUCUAAGAUAUUGUACGGUUUGAGCACCAGUAACAGCAGAUACUAGCAGCGCUAAAACCUCUGAACACUGAACAAACACUGAGCACUACUGGGCUGGACUGUAGUGUGUGACUGCAGCAGGAACAGCACAAAUCCACUGGGUGCAUGUGGGUGUUUGUGUGGUGGUUCAGGCUCAGUGCUGUAGGUGUAAAGGUUGGACUGAGGAAUUCAGAGGUGACUUGAACUCCUACAUUACAAACCUGGAUGUCGACACCAAACACUCACUGCAUGUUGUACUGGUUCAACUGUUAAAACUUCUGACUUGUUUUGUUUUUGCUCUCUGAACUUGUUAAAAUGUUUAAUGGACAAAAAUAUAUGAAUCAUAAUCAUUGGAAAAAGGCUCCAUGCAAAGCUACAGAAGCACAGGUUAUUUCUGAGUUUCCUGCUUCUGUUACUAAAUCUCUAUUAAUCUCACUCUCAUGUGCUUCAGAGCAGACAAAGCUUGAACCUGACUGGUGAGUUUAGAACACAUUAAGGCUUAUAAAGUGCAGAGUCACUACUGAUCCUAAUCAGAGCUGUCGGCCUGAGGUCCUGAACCAUCAAGUGGAGGAUAAUGUGGUUGAAAAGGCUGCAGAGCAGACGUCACCUUUACUGGCGGCUGUUUGACAUAUGGAUUAGAGUAGAAACUAGAUUCACUAUAGACUCCCUCUCCUCAGAUAAAUAAAGCGCUUUAAACCUGUUUCUACUGUAUGACACGUAGCGUGUGGUGAACUAUUAAGUACAGUAUUUAUUAUAUGCUUCAGUUGUUUGAGUGAGUAGUUGAGGAGCAAAUCUACUGUAUUACUGCUUGAGGUUGCUUUUGACAGAACA